AUGGGGUUUUCGGAUGAGUUAAAGGCGCAGACGAGGGGGUCCAAAUUGUUAUUCAACUUCCUGUUCCAUGGCUUUCACAUCGGCCUUUUCAUUCUCGGAUGGAAGAAACAACAAGAUGACCCUAGGCUGGCGGGUCUGAAUACCCUGACUUUCUCGGUUUGGAUAUCUCGAGGUGCUGGUUUAGUUCUGUCGGUAGAUGGAGCAAUGAUUCUUCUACCUAUGUGCAGGAAUAUCCUGAGGUAUAUCAGACCGAAGGUCAGAUUUCUCCCGCUCGACGAGUCGCAAUGGUUCCAUCGACAAGUCGCAUAUUCAAUGCUGUUCUAUACCAUUCUCCACACUACGGCCCAUUAUGUCAACUUUUUCAACGUUGAAAAGACACAGAUUCGACCAGUUUCCGCCCUCCAGAUCCACUACGCUCAAGCAGGAGGCAUCACGGGCCAUAUGAUGCUUCUGUGCAUGCUUCUCAUGUACACGACCGCACACGCCAAAAUCCGUCAACAGUCUUUCGAAACCUUUUGGUACACUCAUCACCUGUUCAUCCCAUUCUUGUUAGGACUUUACACUCACGCCACCGGAUGCUUCGUUCGUGAUACCACUGAUCCGUUUUCUCCCUUCGCUGGUGCGGAUUUCUGGGGUCAUUGCAUCGGUUAUGAAGGAUGGCGUUGGGAGCUAUGGGGAGGUGGACUCUACCUUAUUGAGCGUCUGUACCGUGAGAUCAGAUCUAGAAGAGACACCUCAAUUGUACGAGUCGUCCGUCAUCCAUAUGAUGCAAUGGAAAUCCAGUUCAGAAAGCCUUCCAUGAAGUACAAGGCGGGACAGUGGCUCUUCCUCAAUGUCCCAUCUGUCUCUCAGCACCAAUGGCAUCCAUUUACCAUCACCUCCUGCCCAUUCGACCCCUAUAUCUCUGUCCACGUUCGUCAAGUCGGUGACUUCACCCGUGCUCUCGGUGACGCUCUCGGAGCAGGUCCCGCCCAAGCCAAGUUGUACGACAGCGUUGACCAGAAUGGCAUGUACGAAGUCGCUCUCCAGAAUGGCCAACAGAUGCCUGAACUCCGCAUCGACGGUCCCUACGGUGCACCAGCCGAAGACGUAUUCGACAAUGAAAUUGCCGUCCUCAUCGGAACAGGUAUCGGAGUCACCCCCUGGGCCGCUAUCCUCAAGAACAUCUGGCAUAUGCGCAAUAGCCCUAACCCACCCACCCGUCUCCGCCGUGUGGAAUUCAUCUGGGUCUGCAAAGACACCACGUCUUUCGAAUGGUUUCAAGUCCUCCUCUCAUCUCUGGAAGCACAAAGUCAAGAAGCUGCUGCACGCAUCGGUGGCCAGGACACCGAGUUCUUGCGCAUCCACACCUACCUCACCCAGAAGCUCGACAUCGACACUGCACAGAACAUCGUACUGAACAGUGUUGGUGCCGCGCUGGACCCUCUCACCGAGCUGAAGUCUCGUACGAACUUUGGCCGUCCCGAUUUCGGGAGACUGUUUGAGGGGAUGAGAGAUGGUAUCUUGGAUAGAACAUAUCUGAGCGGAUUAGAAGGCGACAUGAAGACGAAUGUCGGUGUCUACUUCUGUGGACCCAACGUAGCAGCACGAGAGAUCAGGAAGGCAUGCAAGAAGGCAACGAGUCGUGAAGUAAACUUCUCAUUCUGGAAGGAGCAUUUCUAG